AAUUCAGUUUCGCCUGUAUGCACUAUAGGAUGUAGCUUUAUUAUCAGAGGGGGCACUAACAACGGCCAGACAGAGGGGAAGAGAUGCGGUGGGGUCUCUCGGGCGGCGGCUGCGCGCGCCGGCCAAGCUUUCCAUAUUAUUGAUUAAUAAUUCCUCUCGGUGCCACUCAGAAGCAAGACGUGUCGUGCGUGCAUUCCUGUAUUUCUGAUUUCCUGAUACAAAUAAUAAAGAAGCAUAAAAAUGUCGAAGAAACUCGGGCCGGAGGAGAACUUCUGGCUGCCGUUCCAGCUGGAGAUAAUUAAGAGGGUGAAACGCCACCCGAUUAUCUACAUCAGGGACAUCAUGAUGACCCCGAACCAGUACCGGGCCGCUGUGUCCACCGCUUGGGAGAGGAUUGCUCGCGAAGUGCGUGUGCCGCCGAAAGUCUGCAAGCAGGAGUGGUGGACUAUCAAGCUGAGGUAUGCCAAGCUGAACAACAUGAUUCGCUACAGGAAGGUAUCGGAGGAGGUGAUCAAGCAGCACCCGAAGACCAGCAAGUAUCUGGAUGGAUGCCUGGAGUUCAUGGAUGGAUACAUCUACGAGAUAACGGAUGACCAGAUCCCGCCGUGCGUUCACAAGCGUUUCAACAGAAUGUUCGGAGUGACCUCCAAGGAAGUGGUCACAAAGGAGAUGGUUCAGGCCUUGCUCAAGAAUCGUACGCAGCAGGAAGAGAGCAAAGAUGAGCUGGGCAAGAUUCAUGUUCAGAACUUGAUGAACAUAGUAGAGAACGCUGUGGAGCGCUCACUGCGCGAGAUGUCGCUGGCUGACAAAUCUAACAUCCCCGAGACCCCUGAGUCGCGAGCUUCGGUUCGUGCUCUCGAAAGCCGGCAGUAAGCGACUACUCAUAAACGAUUGGACUGCGAGUGAAGGGAUGCUAUGAGAUGGAUAUAAUAGCAAUUGAGUGAAAUUGGAGGUUUUGACGGAGAUGGGACGAAAUUAACAAACAAAGAGCUUAUAACUUCAUUUAAUAAUGGGGUGGCGCUAAAGUUGGAUAUAACAACGCUAUUUGGAAGGAAGCGGAAGCAAACAUUUGGAAAGAAUUAGACUGAAUGAUGAACGACAUUUCAAUUUUAAAAUUUAAUGAUAUCAAAAAGUCUAUGUACUUUUUGUUAGUUUUAGCUGUGUUUUAAUCAAAAAUAAUACUAUUCUGGUAAAUGUAUGUAUACUCAUUGUAGAACUUACUUAUCUGAUGAUUAAAUAACUUCUCUCGCAUAA